AAUGUAAGCCAGCACUUGGGUAGGAGUGCUGGUUUAAGACUUAGAAGUCAUUCUCUUCCCCCUUCCCCCAUAACAAUAAGUUUAUUUCAUCACAAUACCCACUAAUGAGAGAUCUCUUCAGAUGGAAGAGGAUUCAGGCACCAAUCAUACUUCAAUUUCUGCCCCUCUGAGUUUGACUCCGUUUCUUUGAGUUGGAGCCUUUUGGUGGAUGCCAUUUCUGGUUCCCUGAAUCACAACUUUGAGAGAGCGCUUGGGUCUGCUUCCUUUUCACUGCAGACAUGGAAGACAAUUAUGUUGAUUCUUUGGAUCCAGAGAAGCUGAUACAAUGCCCAUAUGAUAAAAACCAUCAGAUCAGGGCUUGCAGGUUCCCUUAUCAUCUGAUCAAAUGCAGAAAGAACCACCCUGAUGUUGCAAACAAAUUGGCUACGUGUCCUUUCAAUGCUCGCCACCAAGUUCCCCGGGCUGAAAUCAGUCACCACAUCUCAAGUUGCGAUGACAAAAGCUGCAUUGAACAGGAUGUUGUCAGCCAGUCCAGGAACUACAGAUGCGAGGCUCUGACUGUGAACACAUGGCAGUGCCCUCCUUGUGAUGAAGACUGGGAUAAAGAUUUGUGGGAACAGUCCAGCACUACCUUCGUCUGGGGUACUGCUAACUGCAGUGGCAAUAACAGCCCUGCGAACAAUGUAGUUGUGGAACAUAAGAGUAACCUGGCUUCAGGCAUGCGGGUUCCCAAGUCUCUGCCAUAUGUACUACCAUGGAAAAGCAAUGGAAAUGCACAGUAACUGAAAAUCUUAUCUCAUCAAAUGACAGACCCAAGAAGACACUUUUGCCUCCUGCUACUUACUACCAGUGGGUUCUUCAUUUCUCUUCCUAAUCUUAUUUUGGAAAGAUAAACUGUCUGUGGCUCUGAUUGACCAGUCCCCUUUUUUUCUCCUCUUCUCCCCUUCCCUAACUUGAGCCCUUUCUGCAGUGCCUCCUCAGAAGAGCUUUUCCAAAUAAACUACAGAUGUAUUAAGGCUGGCCCAGUAGCUGCCCUGAAAACAGUGUCAGCAGCCCUAAAAGCAAAAAACCCUCUUUUUUUACUGAUGGUAGGGUAUAAUAAUUUGAAGCUAUUUACCUAAACUAAUCCUAGUGGGCAGAAAAUUUGGGCUAUAGAAACAGUAGUGCCACUUAAAGCUUAAUCUAGUACAGAUUCAGUAUGUUUCAGCAACUCAUAUAAUUGACCAGUUAUGGUCCACUAAUCCAUAAAAUCCUUGAAAUAUGGAUAGGACUCAUCUAGAAAAACUCUUCCAUUUUCUUUUGAGUGUGGGGUUUUUUUGGUAGCUCUUCUUUAGGAUAUCUUACUAUUCCCAAAGUAUAUGGUUUUUUUCUGCUGCUUCUACUUCUCCCCCAUUGAUAAGGGAAAUUGUACUAGCUGUCAGACAAGGUAUGUAUUAGCAAGUGAAUAUUGAUGUGGAUGGAGGGGAAGUAUCCAUAUGUAUUGGGGGGGGGGGGAGAUGGGCUUACCAUCUCUAUGUGAAAUUGACUUAAUUUCAAAACCCUCCAAAGCUUUAAAUGUAUGAAGGUCUUGUUGACUUCCCUAGAGUAUAUCUCAGUAUUUAGUCCCAGUCUGAGACUAACAAACCCAGCACCUUGUUGGCAGUUCAAACUUAAUGUGGAGACUUUAUAAUCUCCAAGGCUGAGUUUUUCUUUGAUAAUCUUAUCUCCAAGCAUUGUCUAGCAAAGAGACUUUGGGAAUCUGCAUCGAUAAGAGCCCUGAGUAUUCUAUAACAAAUGAAACUGAAAAUUAUCUGCUCUAACCAUCUUUGUCAAUAACAGCUAAGAAGUUGGGCUGCUGGGAGGGCAGAUAUUAUGGAACCAGUGACAACAAUGAGACAAGGUUAUUGGUCUAGCAACAUAAUCCAGAAUCAGUCUUGAAGAUAGAGCAUUUCCAUUUUCAGUUCUGUUGGUUGAGUGGGGAAGUAAGUUAUUUCUGGGGAGGACAACAUUUCAUUGGGAAGGAAAUCAUGCUCCCAUUAUUCCUUUCUCCCUUACCCUCUUCCUUCCUUCUCCUAUUUUAGGGUCAAUCAGCACUACAUAACAGCUUAACUUGGUCCUAGUGCCGUGGGAGUGAGAGAGGGGCUGAAUAGGAACUUAAUGCUAUAAAUUGGUGUUUGACAGCAUACUGUUAUACCCAUAACUGCUGCUCAAGUUGGGGAAAGCAGGUGAUAGUUUCACUACAUGUAACUCAUCUGUUCCUUAUACAGAGGGUGGGAAACAACUACUUUGGAUUUUUAGGCAUUCCCAGGGCAAGUUCUCACUCUAGUAUCUAUUAUUCAAAAAGGACAAAUGAAAAAACCCUUUGUUUUUGAGAUGUAUUUGCCCACCUCACUCCCAGAAUACCUUUUGUUUCACACUUACCCUCUUGAGACUAAUUACCAGUAGCUUGACCCUUAGGAGUGUGAAUAGCACUCACCAGAUUACCUGCCAGUGUUAAUUGUUAGCACUGAGGAGUAGGCUAUCUAAAGUCUAGUUUCUUCAAUAAACUAAUUAUUAAAAUAGCCUGUUGGGCUAGUUCAGGAGCUUACCUAAGGUUGUGGGGUGUUUCAGAGAUUUAGUGACCAGUAUCAAAUUUGUUGCAAAUAAGUUUGAAGAUUCCCAAGAAAGGGUUAAAAAAAAAAAGUUGCAUUACUUGACUUACUAGACUUCAUCAAUCAGGAAUUUGAAGGAAAAACCACUGUGAACAUAGCUAUUGGGAGUUCCUUUAUUGAGAGCAUUGUCCUUGGAAUAUGAAUGAAAGAUAAAUACUUGUUUCCCAUUCUAGUUCAUGCUGCUAGUUAAGGGCUCCAUUAAACUUUGGGCUAUAAACAUGGUUCAAAUGUUCAUAACCCAGAGAAACUUGAACCCUGUAUUCUAGCUUUAUUCUGGGCUUAGGCUCUGAGGAGGAUUUUGUUUUUUGGUAAGAUUGCCUCUCCCUGCAGGGGUGCUGGAAGUACCAUGGUGAUUUGCAAAUGUUCUCACUAGGAAUAAACAAAUGUAGGUGAUAAGUGCUGCUUAGUUCUCCGGGUAGCUCUGCCUGAAUAAAACAAGGAGAGCAUUUGUUUGAAUUUAAUUUAAAAUAAUGUACUGCAGCACCAUUUCAGUGAUGCAGGAGUACAGUAGCUGCUUGUGUUAGUCUCGAUGUAAAAAAAAAAACAAAACAACCAUAUAUGUAUAUGUAUGUGUCUGUUGGCAUUAUUGGAACAUUUGAGUUGCACUUUUCAAAAUUCAAGUUCCAAGUUGAACAAAAAACAAUUAGAUAAAAUUGUGCUUAUGAUGGCUAUCUGUAAAGGGGCAGCUUGAAGAAUUCAAGGCAUUUAUCUGUAAAGGGGCAGCUUGAAGAAUUCAAGGCAUUUUGUAUGACAUUCUAACAUAUCUUAAUAUAUUGGCAAAUUUGGGGGAAGGAAAUUUAUUGUGUGUAUUCAGAUAAUAGAGGAAGAUAAAAAACAGGUUUAAACACUGAGAAAGAUACUGUUUCAUUCUUUUGAGUCCUGUCUUCAUGGUGCUUCAGUGUUUCAGAACAUACCCAUAGUAUAUGUCAAUCUUGACCUCUUCAGAAGCAAAUUAAUAGUUCAAGGGACUUUAAUCAUCAGCUUCAUCUUAACAGACAGACAUGAGCUGGCUUGUCCUUCUAGACCAGGUGAAUGAAGACCUCAGAAUUAAAAACUGUCCCCUCAGUCCAGGCCUACAGCUUGGUCCAGCUUAUUACUGACUCUUACAACUUCAUGUCUGGUGAGACUCAACUGUGAAAUCUGAGACUUGUUUGCAUCUAGGAAGAAGCACCUUAAGCCAGACUGUAACCCAGGAGAGCAGCCAUAUGGUCAGCAGAUUUGCAUUUGUGUUUACCUUGUUGAACUGCUUUAUAUGAAUCUAAAACAAUGUGAAGAGUUUGGGGAAGACCUGGAAGGAAAGACUUGAAUUGUUGAGUUCCCAUGUUUUCCGUGGAAAAACUAAAGCUCAAUCUGCAUGAAAAGCACUUAUUUGAACUCAGACCAUGAAUCUUAAUUUUUGUGUACUUGCAUUGAAAUAAAGUACCUUUCAAUCUGU